AUGCCACUACCUUUGGCUGAUGGUUACUGCAUGUACAGAUGGAUAAGAUGCUACUCCAAGUCAAUGGAUAUGACUGAUAUGGUUUAUGUAGAGUCUUACUUUUACAAUAAAAGGGAGUUCCUGGUGUUCAACAGCACAGUUAAUGAGUACGUUGGACAAUUCAGAGUGGGAAUGGAAUGGGCAAAGAUGAAAAAUGCAGACAGCGUACUUCUGAAGCACGAGCGAGAAAGUGUGGACAGACUCUGUAAGACCAACGUUCGCGUGUACCAUGAGCAUGCCCUGGGAGGCUACACAGCUCAGCCCGAUGUGAAGCUCAGUCUGGUGAGGUCAUCAGAUGGGGACAAGCCUGCCAUACUGAUGUGCAGCGCCUACAACUUCUACCCAAAGCUGAUCCGAGUGACCUGGUACAGGGAUGGCCGCAGGGCCACCAGCGAUGUCUCAGCCACGGAGGAGCUGGCGGAUGGGGACUGGUACUACCAGAUCCACUCCCACCUGGAGUUCACCCCCCAAGCUGGAGAGAAGAUCUCCUGUGUGGUGGAGCACGCCAGCCUCAAAGAGCCUCUGGAGGUUGUAUGGGAAGGCUCCAUGGCCUUGUCAGAGAGGACCAAGGUGGCGAUUGGGGCUGCAGGAUUGAUGCUGGGACUGCUGGUCUGUUCUGCUGGACUGCUCUACUACAGAAAGAAGACUCAAGAGUGGACUGCAGAGCACAUUGCAACAGCACCUUUAGCUACUGACAACCUGCCUUGUGAUCUUACUCGCCUUUAACCCUUUAAGACUCGCCCCCCUUUUCAAACUUUAUUUGCGAAAUUGGCAUACCCAAUUUGAAAGUAGCAGAGAUCCCACAUGGUUGUAGAUACAUGCAUGUGCAAUAUACCAUUGGAAAGGGAACACUCUCAGGUUUAUCAGAAUGAUUCUAUGAUGUACUAUCAGUGAAAUACAGUUGUUUGAAUGGAGUAAAAAUAUAGUUUUUUUUGUCCUCGUCUAACAUGUUCUCCUGAAAGUGACUGAGAUUGACAGCUCCAGCAA